UUUCCAAAUCCAUCCCAUUACCAAGGCUAGCUACCUAGCUUUCUCAUUUCUUCAUUAAGCACCACACAGUUCCCAGCUAUGGCAUACAUGCAUAUGCUUCUUCUCUUGCUAUCACUAAUCCUUGCUGAUGAAACCUCAGCCAAAGUCCCAGCAAUCAUAGUAUUCGGAGAUUCAUCUGUUGAUGCUGGAAACAACAACCUCAUUUCCACUGUCCUCAAGAGCAACUUCGAGCCUUAUGGCCGAGAUUUCGAAGGUGGUCGCCCCACCGGACGCUUCUGCAAUGGCCGAAUCCCUCCUGACUUCAUUUCUCAAGCUUUUGGACUCAAGCCAGCAAUUCCUGCUUACUUAGAUCCAUCAUUUACUAUAUCAGAUUUUGCUACUGGUGUUUGCUUUGCUUCUGCUGGAACUGGCUACGACAAUGACACUUCUAGAGUCCUUAAUGUGAUACCCUUGUGGAAGGAGCUAGAUUACUACAAAGAUUACCAGAAAAAACUCAGAGACUAUGUGGGAAGCAAGAAGGCAAAGGAGAUAGUGAGUGAAGCAUUGUAUUUGAUGAGCUUAGGAACAAAUGAUUUCCUGGAAAAUUACUACACAUUUCCAGGAAGAAGAGCUCAGUUCAGUGUCAAACAAUAUGAGGAUUUUCUUAUCACAAUUGCUAGAGAUUUCAUUACAAAACUCUAUAAUCUUGGAGCUAGGAAGAUCUCACUAACUGGGGUUCCUCCAAUGGGGUGUCUGCCAUUAGAGAGGACUACAAAUUUCUUUGGAUUGCAUGAUUGUUCAGAGGAAUAUAAUCAAGUUGCUUUGGAAUUCAAUGGGAAGUUGGAGAGCUUGGUCUCACAGCUGAACAUGGAGCUUUCUGGAAUCAAGAUGAUCUUCACAAGAAGUGUUUAUGACAUUUUCUAUGAUAUUAUUAGAAGACCUUCUUCAUAUGGAUUUGAGGUGACAGAAAUGGCAUGCUGUGCAACAGGAACAUUUGAAAUGAGUUACCUCUGCAAUGAACAUUCAAUUUCAUGCCCAGAUGCCAAUAAAUAUGUAUUUUGGGAUGCUUUCCAUCCUACUCAGAAAGCAAAUCAAAUUAUCUCUUCUCAUCUCAUCCCUACACUUCUUUCUGAGUUUCACUGAACUCCUACUACAUCUACCUUUGUUAAAUUUUGUAUGCAUUUAAUUCCUAGUAUAGCUAGACUUCAUAUACUCUUGUAUCUAUUUAUCAUCUUCUUUUUUUUUCUAAAUCUUCUCGAUCUAAAAUAAUAUUGUAAGAUUUCAUGAUCCAAUAAAUGCAAAACAAUAACAAAGGAAUUACACCUCUGAGCUAAAAUAUUAGCUACAAU